AUGGAUCCUUCUAAACUUGAAUUAUUACUCGAGCAGCAGAUGAAACUUAUUCAAAUGUUAGCAGAUGCAAAGCUUACGUCUAAUACCCAACCAAGCAGUUCUUAUCCUACUACUACUGCACCAUCAGUUGAUGGCAUCGCUAACAGUAUCUCCGAGUUUCAUUACGAUCCAGAAUCCAAUGUCACGUUUGAUAUGUGGUUUCGACGUUACGAAGACUUAUUCAAAUUCGACUUUGCUAAUCAGGAUGAUGCUUGGAAGGUCCGCUUGCUGCUUCGAGAGUUGGGUCCUAAUGAACAAGACAAGUAUUGCAACCUAAUUCUGCCUCUAAACCCACGCGAUCGCUCAUUCUCGGACACUGUCCAGUCAUUGAGCCAACAAUUCGGAGACAACUCCUCACUAUUCAAUGCGCGUUAUCGAUGUUUGAAGCUCGCUAUGAACGAAGACGCUGAUUUUCUCACACAUGUGGGUAUCGUUAACCGAGAAUGUGAACGCUUCCGGUUGAAGUCGCUUACUGAAGACCAAUUUAAAGCACUCAUUCUCAUCUGCAGCCUUCAAUCACAGAAGUUUAGUGACAUUAGAACACGUUUGCUAAGUCGAUUGGACCAAGAUCCAAAACUAACCCUUAAUGAUAUUGCAAACGAAUAUCAACGCCUAAUCAAUCUACAGCGUGACACUACGAUGGUCCAGCGUGGUGGUUCAGAUCGUGCUGAAGUUCAUGUAGUCCAACAACCACGCAACUCGCAUAAAUCUGCCCCAGCAGCAUCCAGUUCAGGUCAAAAGACAAAAACAAAUCCUCCUGCUCCAUGCUGGCACUGCGGUGCAUGGCAUUUUGUUCGAUACUGUCCAUAUAAGUAA